GCGCUGCAGAGUUGAAGCGCAACAGCCCGGAGAGCGCAGCAGCGACUUCACCGCUGCGACUUUGAUGACGGCGGGUUGGAGCCGUGGAUGAGCGCGUUUGAAGAGGCUUGCUGGUGAAGACAAGGGGGAGGACGAGAAUCGAACCUGUGGCUCUCUCUCUCUGCCGGUCGUGAUCCAAAAUGAAGUUCCUGAUUUGCGUGGUGGCGAUCGCCUUGGCGGUGAGAUCUGCGCACGGACAGGACAAAAAGACAGACGAGCCGUGUGCGGGUCGGGACUGCAGCCGAGGAUGCCAGUGCUUCCCAGAGAAAGGCAGCCGGGGUCGUCCCGGGCCUCUUGGCGAGGUGGGUCAGAGCGGACCAGAGGGGUCCCGCGGCAGCCUGGGGCCUCUAGGGCCCAAAGGAGAGAAGGGCCAAAUCGGCCUGAAGGGCCCAUCCGGCCCCAAAGGAGACAAAGGACCGAUGGGAGUUCCUGGGUUCAAGGGAACUGAUGGAGUUCCUGGUCACCCCGGUCUGGAGGGCGGCAGAGGCCCACCUGGUCUGGACGGUUGGAACGGGACCAGAGGAGAACCUGGAGACUCCGGCUACGGGAUAGGAGUCCCUGGAUACCCUGGACCUGCUGGAGCCCCCGGGACAAAGGGCCAGAAAGGAGAACCUCGAUACGUCUCCGCUGACGGCGGCGUGGGUUAUCCAGGACCGCCAGGACCCGACGGCCGACCUGGAAUCCGAGGCCCCGAUGGCCGGUCUGGUUCACCUGGUCCUCAAGGACCUGAGGGAUACACGGGUCCUCCCGGCCCCCCCGGCCCCCAAGGGAUGAUGGGGAGUCGCAGUGACGGAUAUCAAGGAGAGAAGGGAGACAAGGGUGACCUCGGUGUCCCCGGGCCCAGCGGCACCCCCGGGGACGGCUCGCUGAUAAGUGAAACAACUCUCACCAUCUAUAAAGGAGACAAGGGGGAACCCGGAUUCAAGGGCGUCCGAGGAUUCGCUGGAAACCCUGGUGCACCUGGGCCGUUCAGCUAUCGAGGUGAAGAUGGAGAGAAGGGCAUUCCUGGAUACCCCGGGGCGAGAGGUGCUCCAGGUUUCAACGGCCCCCCCGGCACUCGGGGACAACAGGGAUAUGGCGGUAGCCCAGGUUUCGGCGGCCAACCAGGAUACAACGGACCCAAGGGAGACCAGGGAGACCCCGGACCCCCAGGCCCCCCCGCCUACGUGAAUAAUAAUAUUGGCUCUAUUAAAGGACAACCAGGUGACGCAGGAUUCAGCGGCCAGCCUGGCACCCGCGGUGACCAGGGAGCUCCUGGGUAUCCAGGACCACCAGGGCCACCAGGAGAAUUACUGGACCCGACAGGUCCUGGUGGCUACCGAGGAUUCCCCGGCACCUCAGGCCCCAAGGGAGAGAAGGGUAACCCGGGUAUACCGAGCUUCGGCCAGAAAGGAUACCAAGGCCCCUCCGGCUCGCCCGGACCCAUCGGCCCCCCCGGACCUCCAGGCCUCACGAUCAAGCUAGAACGAGACUUUAAAGCACCAUGGCUGAUUGAUUUUACUGUCCUCCAAGGCACGGGACGGGACUGUGUCAUCUACCCCACAGGUUCCCCAGACGGAAACCCUGGACAGCCCGGGCUGCCCGGCCCCAACGGAGAAAAUGGUGGCCCCGGUUACAAAGGCUACAAAGGUGACGCUGGCGACUGUGAUUGUAGAGGAGGAGGCACUCCAGGGUUUCCAGGGUUGCCCGGCCCCCCCGGAGUCAAUGGCGGCCCCGGCUUCGAUGGACGAAAGGGAGAUCCUGGGGACCCCGGCUCCCCUGGCUUCGGUGGCGGUCAGGGACCUCCUGGUCGACAGGGUGUACCGGGUUUCUUUGGCCGUAAGGGCGAGAAGGGGGAGUCUUAUUACCGCGGCCCGGCUAUUGGACUGAAGGGAGAAAUCGGAGCGCCGGGGCCCAGAGGACCCAUGGGUGAAACUGGAAAACCUGGCAGAGACGCACUACCUGGCUUCCCAGGCGCCCCCGGGCCUCCGGGUGACGGCGGCUACGGCACAGUUGGAGAGAAAGGUUUCCCAGGAUACCCGGGGUCUAAGGGGCGUGCCGGAGACCCUGGCUAUCCCGGUAGCGGCAGCGUCGGAGCCCCAGGCCUUCCCGGAGAGAAGGGAGAUCCCGGACAACCUGGGUUCCCGGGGUCAAAUGGUUUACCUGGACCGAGAGGUGAAAACAGCUGUGGAGGGGUUUAUGACGGCGGAGAGGGAAAGGGCCAAUAUCGGAAAUGCGACGACGCUGAGAAGGGAGAACCCGGUUACCCCGGUGCACCUGGACGACCAGGCCGGAAAGGUGAACCAGGUGAAAAAGGUUACCAGCCAGGAGGUUCCGGGUUUGACGGAUCCAAAGGAGACAGAGGAGAACCCGGUUCUGGAGGUCAACCCGGACCGCAAGGUUUCCCUGGACCCAGAGGUGAUCCUGGAUUUCCAGGUAUCCCAGGACAAGGUUUGGACGGAGGCCGGGGGAAGGAUGGCAUUCCUGGGCGUCCAGGAGCCAAGGGCCAGCCUGGAGAGGUACUGGGAGCCACGCCUGGUGCCCCGGGGCGUGACGGUGUCCCGGGAUAUCCUGGAGACAAGGGCCAACCUGGGACGCCAGGAGGACCUGGAUCACCCGGUUUUGAUGGACGCUCAGGCGUUCCUGGACUAAAGGGAGAGCGCGGCAUUGAUGGUCUUCCUGGUUACCCCGGCCCCCCUGGACCUCCAAGUGAGCGGGGAAUCCCCUUCCCCGGUCAACCGGGACUUCCUGGCAGCAAGGGACUGAGCGGACCACCAGGUUACCCCGGACGCAAGGGCGACAGAGGAGACCCUGGAUUCCCAGGGCCUGCUGGCAUGAAGGGAACCCCAGGACAGCCUGGCACCCCUGGUUUCCCAGGGUCCAGGGGAAUCCCGGGACCUCCAGGACCAGGAACUAGAGACGGAGUUCCAGGAAUCCCAGGAAGGAAGGGUGAGAGAGGUUUCGCAGGGCUGAUUGGUUUCCCUGGACUACCAGGGCGCCCUGGUAGUCCAGGCUUCCCAGGGAGCAAAGGACUGCCCGGAGGGCCUGGAAGAGAUGGAAGAGAUGGUGGAUCUGGAUACCCCGGACAGAAAGGUGAGCGGGGAUACACCGGCCGCCCAGGCUUGCCCGGCUUACCCACUCCGUUAAAUUACUUGGAGAAAGGAGACCUCGGAAACCCUGGAAGCAACGGACUUCCUGGCUUCCCCGGACCAAGAGGUGACAAAGGUCUGCCAGGUCGGCCUGGUCGUCAGGGUCUGCCUGGACUGCCUGGUUAUGCGGAGCAGAGUAAAGGACAGCCCGGUGAGCCUGGCUACCCCGGACGAGCGGGCAGUCCAGGAUACCCUGGACCGAAGGGAGAGGCUGGAAUCAUGGGAUUCCCCGGCAUGUCCGGACCAAGGGGUGAUGAAGGUGCAUCUGGUUUCCCUGGUAACCCAGGAGAAUCUGGCCGACCUGGUGGCAAGGGUAUACCCGGGGAGAGUUAUGGUUAUCCUGGAGGCCCAGGUCCUAAAGGUCAGCCAGGAGAUUCAGGCUUCCCAGGUGGUCGAGGUAACGACGGCGCUCCCGGGGACAACGGCUUUCCAGGAAGUCCAGGUUACUCUGGAGCAAAGGGAGCUCCUGGUGAAGGAGGACGGCCUGGAAUAAUGGGCUCCCCUGGUUUCCCCGGACCAAAGGGUCAGUCCUUCUACCCAGGACGAAGAGGACAAGACGGGACCCCUGGUCUGCCGGGAAGUCCGGGAGGACCUGGAACCAAAGGUUUGUCUGGACCCCCUGGUUUGGAUGGACUUAACGGCCUCGGAGGACCUAAAGGCCUCCCUGGAACUCCAGGUGGAAACGCCGGAGGUCUUCCAGGUACCCCGGGUAUUCCAGGGCUGAAGGGAGAAAGGGGCGUCUCCUACCCAGGAGCUCCCGGAUUUCCUGGAGGGAAGGGAGAGAGAGGACAGCAAGGUGGUCCUGGACUCCCAGGAUUCCCUGGUCGACCUGGGCUUCCUGGUGUGAGUGUUGGGUCCAAUUACCCCGGACCCACGGGAGAUCCUGGACUCCCUGGACUGGAUGGAGAGUAUGGUUUCCAGGGUCCUCCCGGUCCACCCGGGCCCCCUGGUCCAGGCACAGCACAGGGAGACAGAGGUGACCCCGGGCUGCCAGGCUUCCCUGGCUCCCCCGGCAGGAAAGGAGAAGCUGGAGGCCCUGGGAGCCCCGGAAGCCCUGGUUUCCCUGGUAUCAAAGGGGAACAAGGAGAUAGCGGUUACGGCGGAGGUCCUGGUCUGAAAGGUUUCAACGGUGACCCUGGUUUUUACGGAAGCAAAGGAGCCAAGGGAUUGCGAGGGCGUGCUGGUCGCCCUGGUCCCCCCGGACCUAUGGAGACGAGGCCAAUCCCACGACCCUUGGGAGACCUGGGUUACCCAGGCGAUGGCGGAAUCCCUGGUGAGCCCGGCGUGUCUGGUCGGCCUGGAACUCCAGGACCCUCAGGUGCUAAGGGUCCUCCUGGCCCUGUGGGUAAACUGGGCAGGACCGGAUCUGCUGGUCCUUCUGGAACGGUCGGUGAGGGCGGACCACCUGGUUUCCCGGGGCCAACUGGAGACCAAGGUCUUCCCGGUAACAUCGGCCGCCCCGGCAUUCCCGGCGGAGUUGGCCGCAGCUCCAGCAUCGGCUACACGCUGGUGAAGCACAGCCAGGACGCCCAGGUUCCCAUGUGUCCUCAGGGCAUGGCCAAGCUGUGGGAAGGCUACAGCCUGCUGUACGUGGAGGGGCAGGAAAAGGCCCACAACCAGGAUCUCGGUCAGCCGGGCUCGUGUCUCCCCAGGUUCAGCACCAUCCCCUUCCUCUACUGCUCCCCCAAUGAGGUCUGCUACUACGCCAGCCGCAACGACAAGUCCUACUGGCUCUCCACAACCGCGCCCAUACCCAUGAUGCCCGUGGCCGAGCAGCAGAUCCGACCUUAUAUCAGCAGGUGUUCGGUUUGUGAGGCGCCGUCUCAGGCUGUGGCCGUCCACAGUCAGGACAUGAACAUCCCCAGCUGCCCCCCCGGCUGGAGGAGCCUCUGGAUAGGAUACUCCUUCCUGAUGCACACGGCGGCGGGCGCAGAGGGCGGCGGUCAGUCCCUGGUGUCCCCCGGCUCCUGCCUGGAGGAUUUCCGCGCAACGCCGUUCAUCGAGUGCAACGGCGGCAAGGGCUCCUGCCACUACUUCGCCAACAAGUACAGCUUCUGGCUCAUCACCGUGGAUCCCAACACAGAGUUCCGCUUCUCGCCGGCGCAGGAGACCCUGAAGGGAGGCCAGGAGCGCUCCAGGGUCAGCCGCUGCCAAGUCUGCAGCAAGCUGUUGUAGGAGGAGGGGAAGGAUGGAGGAGCGGAGGGAGGUGAUGCGCUAACACUUCAAGGAAAGGAAAUAAAGAGGAGGAAAUUAGUUAAAAAGAAAUCUAUAAAAACCAAGAACAUGUGACUGACUGAAAACGAGCCCCUCUCCUGCUUCACCGGCGGUUUCACGAUGAAGUUGAGUGACGAUGGUGCGUUUUCAGAGUGUUUCUUUAAUGUUUAUCCCCGUUUAGGAAUGAGUGUUGGAUGGAGGAAAUGAAAAGAGAAGGGUUCACGCUCCUCUCUCGAUUAUCACUGACAAUGGUGCUAUUGUUUAUGUUCUGUUGUGUGUAUUUUGUGUCUCGUUAUGUUUUUUUGGGGGGGGCGAGAAUCGUUUCUCGGCUACCUCGCUCACGCGUGUGCUUCAGAUGAGUCCGAUCGGAGAGGAGUCAGAUGUCUUUGGUGUGAUUCAAAAACAGCUGAUCUGGUUUAACUGAGGCAGACGUUCACCUGAUCCUGGAUCACAGACCCAUUUGAAAUGAAACAAGAGUGUAACUGCAGUUCAUUUACAGAAGAAGCUGUCGCGUCCUCUGUCCUGAGGAUUCUGCUCGUGUUGCAUGAAAAGCUUCAGUGUAUAUGUUUAAGAAUCAAGUUGCAGAGACUUGAUACUUGAGACAUCUACAGAUUUUAUUCUUUCUUUUAUUGCAGUAAUAGGAGCUACACAGAAACUCUCUCUACAUAUAUAAUAGUUUAUAACAUCAUGAGGUGGUGGUACUGCACCUGUUAGCUGGUUUGCAAACCACAGUGAAACCCAGCCGAGGAAGAAGAACCAGAAAGAAGAGCUAAAAUCUAUCAGAUGCACAAAACAGGGACCUGAAUUAAAUCAAUUUUAAUUAAAUGUAAUAAAACAAAAUCCUCUUAACUCACUCACGUUUCCUCGAGCUUUUGCUUUUUCGAUGUUAUGCUCAAGCUCCACCUGCUACUGAAAACUCCACCUUUACAGUGUUUUAUGGAAGAAAUGCAAUGUGUUCGAUUUUUGUGCAAAAAACAUGUAAAACCCUCAGAACAGCCCGUUAACUCUACAUUUGUCUUGUCAUCGUAUUCCUGUGACGUUUGCACGUUUCACAUUUGGUGCUACACAACCCUGACUGUCGACUUGAGACGCAGCCUUUAACGAUAAGUUGUCUAUUCUAACUGCAAUAAAAACACAAACCUCUCCUGCAACAGCUUCAGUUAACUCCAGUCACUUGAAUGAGGCCACUCAUUUAUAUUUAUAUUGCACUGAUGUGAGCUCUUCUGGAUCAGAACGAUAAAAACGAGUCGGACAAAGGGGGCGUGUCUCCUCAUCUCCACUUUCACAGGAUUUCUUUUUUAUGUUGUGACCAAACUCGUAUUAUUUUUUUUAAAUCAGAGUUAACCCUUGACAACAGGAAACACACACACACACACACACAUAUAGAUGAAUUAUUGCUGUACAUAGUGCUUACUGUAUUUCCCAGAAAAAUAUGUUAGCGCAAAGGUCUAUACUUUUUAGCUCCUUAUUGUAUUUCGAUGUUCUCCCAGUUCCGUGCCUUUUCACUGUCCGCGGAUUAAAAGAGAGGAAGAAGUGUUUUAUUUCUUCGCAGAUCAUUUCUUACGUUGAACUGUCUACGUGUUUAUGAUCAUAUCCGCGGGCAGUGAAAGCUUCUGGGUGACGUGUAACCACUAUGACCUCUGUGUCUGCACAUAGCUCCACUGGUAGCCCUGACUUCAUUCCCUAUGUCACAUUUUACCUUUUCUGUUCUGUUGUUUAAAUUUUUCGUCCGUUUUUUUUUUUGUCUGCAUUUGCUGGUUUGUAAUCUAGAUUGUAAUUAUUUUACUUAAGUCUUGAUACUAUCCCUUGGUUUUAUUUACUGAGAUGGGGGGGGGGAUGGGAAGAUUAUGAUGUGUACAUUAAAAAUAUUAUGGAGAAAAGAAAACGUCUUUAGGAUGUUUUUAUAUGGAAAGUAUAUUCACGGCUGAGGAUUUCACAGCUCUUUUACCACAUGUUCAACAAGCAACAUGCUCAAAGUGCCUGGAGUGACAGAAAAAAGAAAAGUGCAGUUUUUUCCUCAAAGAGGAUUUAUAACGGAAAAGAAUCAUAACACGUCUUUUUAUUGUAAUGUGUAUUUCUGUGCUCACACAUUUGGAAAUAAAGUUUCUAAUCCAACCGAGAAA